AUGGCGUACGACAACGUGAUAAACGAUGAUAUAGAGGAGGAUUUCAUUUGGAGACGGCCUACAAAGAGAACGCGGGGAAUCACGUUUAAUACGUCGUCAAGGACAGGCAUUUGGGGCAAGGCUCUCAAAUGGGGGACUAUGGCCCUGAUUGGAGCCGCGGCCCUUGGAAUAACAGCGAAAGCUGGCCGGGCUGCCUUAAAUAUGUGGUCAACAACCUGUCCUGCGCGGGUUCCCACGAAGGGCGGCACCAGGGCGCAUCGAGCUCGGGGAUAUCUUAAUGGUUCCCUGGAUCGGGCAAGGACGUUGGCGGCGGGAGCUGGGGAAUUGUUUAAUGCUGUCUUCGUGCUGCCUCCGCCGGGUCAAGCAAGGGAAUAUCGUAAUGGUGCACCCUUCCCGGGAAACGAACAAGAGGGCCCGGCUCCGUUCGUACCCCUGCUGCCCCAACUAAGCUGGUUACGAGGUCCGGACGACCAAGUCACCGAGACGAUGCCGGUUAUACCCCUGCCCGACAUGAGGAGGAUGCUAGAUUACGUGCCUUCGUCCGUUAUAGAAACUCUGAACAUGGGGCAACUACAUCCGACGGGAUUGAGGGACACAAGGGAAAAAGACAUACACCUAGAGCGAGGGUCACAGUAG